AUGGCGCGCCCAACAUAUCUAUAUGUACACGAAUCCAAUCAAGUCUUUACAAUGGUCCAACUAGACCACGAGCAGCACCCCUUCUCAGCAUUCAAAAACCGCUGCUUUUCUUUCAUUGGGUACAUAGCUGCCCGUGGCGAAGUGUCACCUUUAUAUUGUGAUGAGCAGUCCGAGGUCGAAAGGCCUUGGCUUCAAAAGCUCGCGGUCGUUGGAGUGCUGGGUGUCCCCGACGAUGCGGGCGUCAUCCACGAUCACCCGUUGUUUGAAGAGACGGCUGGCGACUCUGGUUUUUUGGUCAAGACCACGUUUUGUAGGUCUAAUAUCCUGGAUAAACCAAGCUGCAUGUGGUUCGUGAGUCAGCUAUGCGAGGCGUCCAUCCCUUUCACCCCGGCGCAAUUUCCGCAUGGGUUCCCGCCUCCUGCCUUUGAUGAUAUGUCAUACGUUGACUUGGCACUCUCCGAUCCUUCGAGCUUCAGUGAUGCCAUCCGCCCAUCCCCAUUGGAUUCCCUUUUGCUUUCCACACCCGGCUCUCCUAGCGUGUACUCCGCGUCCGCUGGACAUAUGUUCGGCUUUGGCGAUGACGCUUUCUGGCCCCAAUCGUCAGCCGCAGUCUCUGACAGUGUUACUGCCUUCGAGGCCCUGGAAGAGUCCUACGAUGCUGUUACCGUCAACCAACCCUCCCCCGAUUCUCAUGUGCCGCUUCACCUCGACUUACAAUGGAGAGAUUCGAUCGAUCUUUGGGGCAAAUACGAUGUGAAUCAAAAGGCAAGCAUCUCGCGUUCGUUGGGGAGAUCGCGUCUUUGGGUUGGGCUUUAUGGCAAUCCAUACAAGAUGACUGCGGUGGUCCACCGGUUUGCGAUCACCGCAAAUUUUUUAACCGCCCUACAAAUUGAAGGCAAAACCUACGAAGAGAUGAAGGUCCAGCGAAUAAUCCUUAGGGAAGGUCAAAAUGAGACCACCAUUGGAUGGCAGAUACUUCGCACUCACCUGCUUGGGUGGUUCGAAUACACAAAAGCCGAGCUCAGAAAGGUGAUGAAGGGCGCCAUGACGCCGCUUACAAAUUUUUGCAGUGAUGGCGGGCCCAGUAGAAUACACGAAAUUAUGCGUUUAGUCGAGCUUUUGAAUUCGGAACGUCUCGUCGAUGUACAGGACGCCAUUUCGGAGCUGGUGGACCAUCAGGUCUUUGCAGAGCUCUUCUGGACAUCGAUGAUGAUGCCAAUCGCAGGGUUGACUGAUGGGAUACAAAGUGGGAGGGUAGCGGACUUUUUUGUCGAAGAAAUCUGGACGUCGACCAAAUGUUUGGCGCAGUGUCCUGUAUGCUACCUAUUGAUAUUGAUCUACCAGACGAUGCUGAUCAUUUGGAAAAAACACUUGGGUAAAGACCGUCAAAAGGAACUUACGAUCUACCGGGACCACAAAGCCAUGCCUGAGGUCCUCAUGGCCGCGCUUAGCCCCAUGUAUAUCAAGCCAUAUUCGUUUCCUCAGUUCACACAAGCCGUGAUACGGCUGCCUUUCAUACAGUAUGAAAAUGUGCUUCACUUCGACCCGAAAACUAAACUGCCAAGAACGAUCGGAAAGGUCAAGAUUCCGAGAACUAUGGAUGUCCUCGAGCCCAUCGGGGUAUUUGAGGGUGGGCACACAAACAGCCUGCCGAACAAUACAGGCUUUCAGUACUUUAGGUCACUCUCAGACGUGUUGUUCAACGUCACGAGUUUUACAACCAACGUGCGGUCGCCUACAUUCUUAUUCGCUCCGUAUUUUAGUGCAUUCACUGUAACGGGGUGCGCUCGGCUCCGAGGUAAUACGUCACAAUACGUGGAAUUUGAGUGGAGUGAGGUUGUGUUAUUUGUACUUGUUUUUCUCGUGCAAUCGUUAUCGUCGCCCAUCUUGCCAUCAGGCGUCUCAAUUCAUGCCUGGGAGGUUGACCAUAUCGCCCUUGGCAAGGUGAAGCCCGACCUAUUUGUGGUUAAAUGCGCAGGUUCUCCAUUUCGUUCUGGCAUAGGGCUUUAUGACCACACUAUGCUCAGAGCUCUGCAAGUUAAGGUGUCGCAGAUCGCCUGCCUUUCAGAUGCCUAA